CACAAGUUAUUUACAAUUUUUUUACAAUGAGUGAGAAACUGCCUACGAUUAAUGAAUCGCUCACAAAUGACAAAUGGAUUAAUAAAUCAUUCACAGCUGACAAAACGUUGGCAACUGGUAAGUCGUUCAGUACCGACAAAACUUUGAACAAACCAAUGGACGAAUCAGUCACUACAGGGCAGCCGAUCAAAGAAGAUAAGACAGUUAAAAAUGUUGAAGUGGAUAUUGCCCAACUUCCAGUAUUGGAUCCAAAUCAUCCGAUGCUGGAGCGUUUCCAAAAGGCUUUGAAAGAACAGUUGCUGAUUCAAAUAGAUACAUUAAAGAGUGAAGUCCACGAAUAUAAUAUUGCAUUACAAAGGAAGAGAGAAGAACGAGACAGUGUCGGAGUUAGAAGUUAUGAGGCCCAACAAGUAUUGUGUAAGCAACAGGCCAUAUUGGAAGAAAGUGCCGAAACUUUGGAUACUAUCACGAAAGCCAGAGAAGAAUUACAGGAAAAACUGGAGGAAGAACGUACACGACAUAAGGAAGUUCGUGAAAAACUGUUCCAAUCGGAAAAAACAGUUUGCGAGUUGAGAGGCGAAUUGGAGGCGACCAACUUGUUGGUCCAACAAAUGACUGAAUGGGAGACGAGAAUCGAAUCGAAUAUUACGGUUAAUCAGCGAAUCGCGGAGAAAACUCGCAAAGACAACACGAAACUUGCUGUGGAAAAGCGCAGACAGGAUGCGGUCAUCUACAAAUUGAUGAAAGAAAUUUGGCGGUUGGAAAGCGAGUUGGAGACGAUGGACAUGCAACUGCGCGUCAAGGAAUCAGAAAGAGAAGAAAUGGCCGAAAUGGUGUCGCAGGGUAACGCCAACAUCGACGUGAUUCAGGCCGAGCACCGUUGUUUGAUCCAUUCGUGGAACUCGGUUGUUGUUGCCGUUGGAAACCGCGACAAAGUUUUGGGUUGUUUAAGAGAUGAGGCAGAAAAAUUGGACUUGAAGUCGAAAGCGAUACAAACGGAGAUUGAGCAAGUUAAAAAGUUGAUAAAAUCUGAAUUAGCUGAGAACGAGAGUCACACUUUAAAUAAAUACAAAUUAAAUGUAGACAUCAACAAUUACAAAAGUCGCACUCAAGAUGAAAUGAUGAAAUAUAAAGAAUUGCAGACAACUUUAUACGAACUUACCAGUGUUUCUGAUCGAAUAUCUAAAGAUAUAGACAUCGUACAAGCGGAGCAAAAACAAAAAGAAGCGGCCCUUAACAUAUUGCUUAAAGACAUACAAACAUUAUGUAGCAAGAAGCUUCAGAAGGAACAAGAGAUUACCAAGUUGAUUGACGUUCUAGUCCUAAAUGAUAAAUCAGCGCAAAAUAUGCAUUUAAAGAUUAAGAAACAGCAACAAAUCAAUAGAAAUGCGGAAAUUAAACUGGCGGAUCUCGAAAACCAACACAUAAACUUGUCAACAAACAUCGAUAGAAAGAAGUUUGAACUGGCUCGAAUUCAAGAACAGCACGGCGAGAUAUCUGCUAAAAAUGAAAAGUUGGUGGCCGAAGAUGCAGCAAUAAGAAUUAAAAUUGAUGCGCUCGACGUAGCUAUUAGGAAGAAACAAGCCGAGCUGGAGGGAUUGAACAACAAGUUGGAGAAGGCUCGCGAUCCGGGUCUCGAUAUGGGUUCACCGCAGGAUUUGAAGAUUGUUGCUUUGGAAAAGAGCGUCGACGACAUGCAGGAAAAUAUCAAAAACCUCCAAACAUAUUGGCUUAGGGAGCAGAAGAACUUGCUCACCAUGUCUAAGGAUCGACAGGAACAAAUUCACGAUACUAAUUUGUUGAAAAAACAGGUAAUUAUUUUGGAACAAAAGAACUUCAAGAUCUCCGAUGAUAUUGAUAGGGAGAAAAUGGAGUUAGAAAAUUUGGAAAGACGUAUCCGUAAAUUGCAAAGCAAAGUGGUGAUCUUGUGCGACUCCUUAUUCAAGAAGAAGGACAGGAAGAACGAAAUAGACAAUACCAACGAUAUUUUAAAGAACCAUUACGACAUUAAACUUAAAGAUGCUGAAUUGGAAUGUCUUAGAAUACAAGCAGAAACUGCUGAACUGGAAAAUGAAAAGGUAACGUUAAGCAAAGAUCUUUUGGACUUAAACAGACAAAUACUGGAAUGGGAGAAGAAAAUUAUCAUGACUAAGGAAACGAAAGAGAACAUUAAAGAAUCUCAAUCAGAGUCCGGAGAAUUAGCAACUAUGAAGUCAGAAGUACAUAGAAUGAAGGUAAGAUAUAGCCAGUUGAAAAAAGCUCAGGAGAAAUUAGUCACUGAUUUGGAACAAUGCGUAGUAAGAAGAACAUCCUUGUUUCUACUUACUGAUGCUGCUGAAAAGAAAACAGGUGAAAACAAAAGUAAAUAUACUUAUGCCAAAAAGAUACAGGAUUUGUCAAACAAACUGAAGAAGACUGAAAACGAAAUUGAAGACGUGCAGCGUCAGAUCGACGCCAUAAACAAUGAAGCCGAAAGUAUAAAUAAAUCCAAAGAUGACAUCGAUGGAGACAUCGCAGAGAUAAAAAAGGAAGCUGAACAGAUGAUGAAAGAAACGGAAACGAUGAAGACGAAUCGUCAACUGAAAUUUGAGUUGCUUUUGAUGCAGCAAAAGAAAUUGGCUUUAUAUACGGAAUUAUCCAAAGGGCGUACACCUUAUACAGUGUGCCGCACCCAAGAACAAUUGACGAGUGAAUAUUCCAAGCAGAAGGACGUCAACAAUAAAUUGACUAAAAUUGUUGAGAACUUAACGUCCGAUUUCCCGGAUUUCAGCGAAGUUUUCACAAGAAUUUUCAAUACUCUGCGACUCCCACAUGUAAUUUGUUAAUUUUUUAAUGCACUCUUUAACAAAUAAUAUAUAUUUUGCAAUGUGA